AUGCGGCCCACUCGCCACUGGCCGAGAUCAAUCGAAAAAGUUAAAGAUAUGGUGAUGCUCCAAUCACCCCGUUCAAGGGCUUUCGUCUCCAGCACUUUCGGCCUCCUACCAGCCAUCAUCCAGUGUAGAAUAGACCCUGGAUCAAGGAAACCGUCGAGGCCGGUCGGGAAAACCUCUUAUUUGGAUGGCAUCCGUGGCCUCGCUGCACUGGGCGUGGUGGUGUUGCAUAUGGUACUGGGGUUCUUUCCGAACAGCUCAUAUGCCUACAAUGGGUCCGAGGGCCGCGAUUCGAUCUUCCAAUUGCCCUUUUUCCGUCUUCUCUACAGCGGGCAACCAACCAUCUUUUUCUUUAUCUCGGGUUACGUCCUUUCUCUCGGCACCAUCAAAAAAUGCCGUAGCCAAUCCUGGGGCUCCUUGCAGCUGGACCUGAGCUCCAAGAUCUUUCGGCGUCUGUUCCGGCUAUAUAUCCCCUCCAUCAUCGCCACGUUUAUUCCCAUGUUCAUGCUCUGGACCAUCCCGGUAGAAUUCCGCUGCUCGAUGGUCCUCUUCCUCAUUCACGCCGCUUUCGCAAGAUGUUCCAGCAAGACACGCCUAAUCUUCAACGGCCUCCUCUCCCUCUACUUCCUCACCUUCGAGAAAUGGGAUGUCUUCCUCUUCCUCGCCGGAUCCUUCAUUGCCGAGCUAGACAUCAUCAAAGAUGAUGCCGCCGAGGGCCAGCUUCCCAAGCACGAAAUCGCAGAUACAAAAUUCAGAUCCGUCGCCCACUUCACCCCGCCGACAUGGUUCAUGGUCGCCAGCAUGAUCCUGGGCCUGUGGAUCCUAAGUGUCCCCGCUGCAGAUAUCUGGAAUGCAUGGUCAUUCGCCGUGCUCGAAUGGUACGCACCGCGCACGUACACGGCGUAUUUCCGCUUCUGGGACUCCGUCGGCACCGUCAUCCUCAUCUGGGCCAUCACGGGCCUCCCAUCCGUCCAGCGGUUCUUCACUCGCCCCAUCUUCCUCUACCUCGGAAACCUCUCCUUCUCGCUCUACCUGACGCACACCAUCGUGCUGAAAUUCCUCCUAUACCCGCUCAUGCCGUGGCUGUAUGCGAUCUUCGGAUAUCAGACGACGUUCCAGUACGGCUUGACGUUUGCGCUUGGUGGGUUGGCAACGGUGAUGCUCUCUCUCUGGGUUGCGGAGGUGUUUCAGCGGCAUGUGGAGGAGCCAUCUGUUGCGUUUACGAAAUGGCUGGAUGUCCAAUGUUCGUCGACGUGA